GACGUGAACAGCAGAAACGACUGCAGUCCAACGGCUCUAGUGGUGGCCCGACCGCUGCAAGAAAGCAGCCACAGCAGCCACCUCCUUCAGCAGGACCCCUACCUAGAGAUGUUGUAUACCUUCUAAGCAUCAUUCCUCCAGCUUCUACAUACGACGCAACCAGGUUUUCGCCCGAGAUGAUGGUGAAUCUCCUCCGUCAGAUCGAGCUGCCCUCCAGUGUAUCACAGCUUCGACUCCCACAGCAAACUGGUGCCGGCUCACACCAGUACCCCCAGUAUGGUAUGUUAUAGCCUUGUCCCUCCAUCAUCCCUGCAAAGCGGAGAUUUAAUUAACUGAACCACAUAGGAGGCUAUCGUCCAAACGUAUAGGAUCAAGGCAACAUAGCCACAACUCACAGGCUCCCUUGUGGCGGGGGAUGUAUCUAAAAGUGCAUGGAUUGGUACCACUUGUAACAUAGCCUUUUUUUUCUUUUCACCUUUGGGGAUCUAUUUGCAUGAUAAGGACUGCGCAUUCAACUAGAGCUCGAGUUACUUAGGGCAACCUAGACUGGCUUAUUUUGUCUCAAUUAAUCGCUUUUUCAACAAUUAAUUCAGUGUCGCUGCUUUCAUCUUCUCUUUCUUUCCACGUAUACAAUAGAGUAGAGGGCCUCAACAUUAAAAGAUGACAUCUACGCUUACGUCAUCAGGAACCCGAUCUCUCUGCUAGUCCUGAUAGAGCCUAGCUGCCAAGAAAUUAUGACGUCGCUUGCCCUCUUUAUGCGCUUUAGCUUUUUUGGUUACCCAAAAGAUUAUUAAGUAAGCAUCAAUAUAAAAUGCUCCAGGGCCAAGUUCCGAUCUUCGACUUGCUUGUCAAUUCAUCACCAACUCUCCGUCAUCUUCACACUCGAGUUUCACACGUUAUACAGCAGGAAAGCAGAACAUUUUUGGCCGACAGUGUUGAAUCAUGUCGGCUUCAAAGGACGUAGGCUCUGGCGUUCCUGCGUCAAGCAAGGGGUCUUGGGCUACCUUCCUCAAGUCCAUUGCUUCAUUUAACGGCGAUCUAUCCUCUCUUACAGCGCCCCCAUUUAUAAUUUCGUCUACCUCCCUGGUCGAGUUCUCUGCAUACUGGGCUGAGCACCCCGCCUUGCUAGUCGCACCGUCACGCGAGCAGGACCCUCAGAAGCGUGCUCUGUUGGUUUUGAAGUGGUUCCUUAGUACUCUGCACCAACAGUACUGCAGUCGGAGCGAGAAGCUAGGAAGUGAAAAGAAGCCAUUAAACCCGUUUUUGGGUGAGCUAUAUCUAGGGAAAUGGGCUGAUGACGGUGAUGUCGGCGAUACCCUGUUGUUCAGUGAACAAGUGAACCAUCAUCCUCCCGUUACAGCUUACGCUAUCGAAAAUCAAAAGCAUGGUGUCCAGCUACAAGGAUACAAUGCCCAGAAAGCGUCCUUUUCAAAUACUAUCAAUGUUAAGCAGAUCGGCCACGCCCUUUUGUCCUUCCCGACGCCAGGUUCUACUGAAAAGGAGACUUACCUCAUCUCACUGCCGUCGUUGCAUAUUGAGUCUUUGAUCUAUGGAACCCCAUUCGUUGAACUUAACAAGUGCACUUAUAUCACUAGUUCCACAGGAUACAUGGCCAAGAUUGACUAUUCUGGCCGCGGCUGGCUUAGCGGCAAAAAAAACAGCUUUUCUGCUAUACUAUAUAAGCAAAGUGAGGGCGAAAAACGUCCCCUAUACACUGUCGAUGGCCAGUGGUCGGAUUCGUUCAGUAUCAAAGAUGCUUCGACCAAGAAAGAGAUCGACAGCUUUGAUGUCAAGAAAUUCAAGACCACCCCCUUGACUAUUGCUCCCAUUGAAGAGCAGGAUAUAUAUGAGUCCAGACGUGCAUGGAGGGAUGUUGCCGCUGCAGUUGAAAAGGGAGACAUGGACGCCCUAUCAAUAGCUAAAUCAAAGAUCGAGAAUGCGCAAAGGGAGCUUCGAAAAGUCGAAGCUGAAGAGAAGCGGGAAUGGGAAAGACGGUUUUUCAAGCGCAUCGAUCUAGAUGGCAGCGAUGGCGACAGCGAAGACAACACGGCUUUCAAGAAGCUGCUCAGGACGGUUGGCUUUGGAACUGAUGGCUCAUCAUCAGCAUGUAGUUUCAUCGAUUCCGACAAGACCGGUGGCGUCUGGAGAUUUGAUUCUGCUCGAGCUAAGGACGCAAAGUCGCCAUAUCACGCCGAUUCUGCGAAGGGGGUCGGCCUUGCUGUAAGCCCGCCUGCCGCCAAUUAAUUUUUCACCCUUGAGAAGGUGUGUAGCACAAACUUUCAACCUGAAUUACGGCGUACCGUCCUUUCCUCUUGCAUUGCAUAUCAAAGCUUUGAUGUCUUUCAUUUUCCUAUUGGGUUUGCCCCUAUUAUAAUUGCAUUCUAUGGCUGCGGGAGCUGCUGUAGAGUUAUUAUUAUGGGUUCAUUCUGUCUAUUGAUUUUAUUUU